UUCUCACAAACGGAUCUGCGCUCUGCAUUGUCAAAUAAAAGUUGAAACUUUUCAAUUGAAUCUCUUCAUCUCUGCAGAAUAAAGAAACAUAUUAAAGUUGUGAUUCUGUGACUGAUGAGAGAAGCUUGAAGCUCUGAGCUGAAGAUGCAGAGCUUUCGGGUGGAUGACUUCAUCGCAGGACUGAUCGGCGGAGGCUCCAGCGUGGUCGUGGGCCAUCCGCUGGACACGGUGAAGACGCGGCUCCAGGCGGGUACAGGCUACAGGAACACUCUCCACUGCAUCCUCACCAUCUACAGGAAGGAAACGGUCAUGGGGUUCUUUAAGGGCAUGUCUUUCCCACUGGCCAGCAACACCAUCUACAACUCAGUGGUGUUCGGCUUCUUCAGCAACACACAGAGACUUAUAAGCCAGUAUCGCUAUGGCGACGGGCGGCACCCCUGCGGCAUGGUGGACCUGACUGUGGCCAGCAUGCUGACCGGUCUGAUGUCGGUGGGCCUGGGAGCCCCGGUGGACCUGGUCAAGAUCAGACUGCAAAUGCAGACGCAGACGGUUCGAGCAGAGAACUUAAACCUCGCCGGCAACGUGUCCAAUGGCUCCAACAUCCCUCUGCGCUCCAUCAACAUGCCCAGCCAGAGACUCUACCGAGGCCCCAUCCACUGCAUCAGCAGCAUCCUGCAGACCGAGGGCCUGCAGGGCCUGUACAGGGGCGCCGGCGCCAUGAUCCUCAGGGACGUUCCCGGGUACACGCUCUACUUCAUCCCGUACACCAUCUUCUGCAACCUGAUGAAGCCCGACAGCACGUCAAGCAUUCACCCUGGUUCCAUCUGGCUGGCUGGAGGUCUGGCAGGGUCCAUCUCCUGGGUCACGGCGACGCCGGCCGAUGUGGUGAAGAGCCGACUGCAGGCCGACGCUCAGCUGCAGAGGAAGUACAAAGGCAUCGUACACUGCAUCGUCCAGAGCUACAAGACAGAGGGAGCACAGGUUUUCUUUCGCGGAGCGUCGGUCAACGCCAUCCGAGGCUUCCCGAUGAGCUCCACCAUGUUCCUGACCUACGAACUCUCACUGAAGUUCUUCAGGAGUCUCUAGCAGCUGAUGCCGACUUGCAUUUAGGACUUUCAGCUCUCUGAUAGAGAAGUCACAUGGUGUUUGAGAGGAGUUGUUCCGACACCUGUAUCCUAACUGGUUGAUCAGGUAUCAACGAAUCCAUGCACCAAUUCAAUAUCACGUUAUAAUAUUAUCUCUCAGCUCAUUCACACUACUCAAGAACAACAACAACACUUGAUCCCUGUCCCAUAGCUACUGCACAGCUAGUUAGCAUUUAGCCGUUAGCAGCUGGUGUGCAGCAUGGUCCUAAGGGAGCUAACAGCUAACGUUAACGGAGGUUGCAAUGAAUCACAUUGUGAUGCAUUCAAGCUCUCCUUAGUUAAAAAAUAUUAUUUACUUAUAACUUAAAUUAUAUCGUUAUCGUGAUUUGUUCAAUUCCGUUUUUGGCAAGAAAAUUGAACUAAUCCAGUUAUUUAAAGGACAUAUUUUUCACAGCAAUGUAAAAUAGAUUUUAAAGAAGAGGGAAUUUUGAACUUUUUUUGUUGGGGAUUUGUACUUUAUGUCGGCCAAAUAUGCAGGUCCAGGUAUCUGAAUCCGUAUCAGGAAGAGAAAAUAAUUGUAUCGGAACGCCUUUAUGAAGUUUCAAUUACUGAGAAACGGGUCAUUAAAGUCAAUUAUGUGUUCCUGGGCAAAGCCUUGGCUGCAGUACUGAACAUUUAUCUAAGAUACAGCAGCUUUAAUGCUAACACCUUCACUUUAAAAGUAUUAUAAAAACUAAUUAAUUAUAUAUAUUUUUUAAUUGUACAAAUACAAAUUUGAUUUUGUUUUUGCAGUAACAAACAAGUUGCUGAAAGUAUCGUUACUGGUUUUUCUCUGAGUGUAAAAAUAUUUUAAUAUUGAUUGAUAUUGGCAUUUAAAACAACUUUAUUUAUCCCGUAAUGGCAAUUGCUGUUGAAAUAACGUCCAUAUGUUCCCGUUACCUUUUAACUAAAUUUAACUUUGUUUUAACUGAGACGUCAUGUGACCCGCAAAUCACCAAAUCGAUGCUUUUGUUCUUCAUCUUCGUGGACUCAUUUAUCAGUAAGAAGGGAGCCGUGCACGAAGAAAAAACUGAAUUCACUCUGAACGCUUGUUUGGAAGGAUGGGACAUUUUCAAUACAGCUGAGAUUAUUAAUCACAUUUUUGAUGCCUUAAGUGUUGAUUAGUUUAAGUUGAGUUAAAAAAAAUUGGCACGUUAAAAAAAAAAUCCAUUCCAUUGAUUCAAGAGUAAUAAGUGCAUUGACACAUUUUUAUUUUAGUUUCAGAAAAUGUCUUAACAUAGAAUCAAAUAAAAACAAAAGUGAUCUGCAGUGAAUUCACUGCAGCUCUUAUGUUGUAUUGAAAAUGACACAUCCAUCCAUGUCAUGCACAACUGUUGUCUUCUCAUGCACAUGGACUGUAUGUGCAUCUAAUGUUAUCGUCCUCCUGUAUAUUUCUUAUAUUAAGAAAACGGAGUUCAGCAAGUUCAUUCUAACUUCACCUUUUUCAUUUCAUACCAUAUUUCAGAUAUCAUGAGCUAUUGCAGCUUAAAUGUAGAAUCACUAAUCAUUCUAAGUUUCAUUCUAAAAAUGAUAUUCACCUGAGACUGAAGAAAUCAUCACUUUGCCUGCCUAUUGCUAUGUUUUAAAUAGUUUUCUUGUCAUGUAAAUACUUGUAAAUAUGUGAACUGCCACGUGUCAACAUAAAGAUAAUAAGUUGUUUCCAGAUAAUCACUUGAUGCUCUUCCAGGCGUUGGCCCACUGCCUGCAGACUGCUGAUAAGAGUCUGAAGCUCUGAGGCCACUGUCAUAACUACAGGAGACUGAACGCUUUGUGUUUGUUGUGGACCUUUACUUGAACCUGGCUGUGAUAUCAAACAGUGUCCACUAGAGAGCAGCGUUUUAAAA